AUGACCAGUAGUAGCUCCCAAUUUUCCACAAAAAACGCUGCCAACACAAAGAAACCUAACAAAUCCAAACCGAGUUUCAAUAUCAAAAAUCCACAAUCAAAGCAAAAACGAACCAAAACCACCACAAUCCACACGCGAUUCGCUACAAAAUCCACACUUCACAAAUCCAAAAACACUCAAACUUCUCCAAUUCCACAACCGCAUGAAAAACUAAAAUGCGGAUUUCGAAUCACUGAACAAAACAAUAAACACAAACACGCAAUUUUCACACUCUUCGAUACAAUCCACAACUUGCCGACAAAGAUCAUAGCUAUGGCUUCGAGACGAAAAAUACGAAGAAAAAAUGAGAAAAUUGAGAAGCGGGGGAAGAGGAAGUACCGACCUGAGGUUUCAGACAAAGUAGCGGCGAUGAAGGAGGAUGUUAGUGCUUGA